AUGGGCUGCAUGGUGCACAGCCCCUUGACCAUUGUGACGACUUGCGAGGACAUGCAAGAUCCGCUCCCCCCGGAGCUAGCAGCAGUCUAUUCCUCCGCGGGCGCAGCCUUUGCCUAUGUGGGCCCACUGCUAGAUUGCCAUGGUGCCAAGCGCGCAGCCGGCCACAAGUUUGCUCAGGCCACCGGACCUGCCGAAAGUGCGGAGUCUCGGGAGGAGGCCAUGCAGCAGCUGACACAAGCCCGCAAAGCAGGGCGGUUGGUAGUUCUGGCCAGCAUGGGCACCGUCAUUACCGGAGACAGCCCUGACUUCGGCUGGGCCGUCAAACCCACAGAGUCACAGAGGCAGGGACUUACGGGAAAGCAACUCUGCCAAGCUGCUUGGACUGCUGUCUUUGAGACGUUUGGUGCCAAAGAUGGAGAGUCCAUGGAGCAGUCGCCACUCAUCCUCCUGUCAGUGGGUCCACAGAAGGAUGCCCUUGAUGGCUUGAAGGUGCCUCCCAACGCCGUCUGCAUGCCCGUACUGCCCCAGGUAGACCUCCUGCGGGCUGGUGUGGACAUCUUCCUCACACAUGGAGGCCAGAAUAGCUUCAUGGAAUCCCUCGCUGCUGGUGUACCUGUGGUGGUCUGUCCCGGCUUUGGGGACCAGCCAGUGAAUGCCCAAAAGGCCGAAGAUAUGAGUACAUAG